AUGUCGGAAGCCCAAGGUCAGGAUCUCCGUUCUCUCCUUCAAGGGGAUCGUGAAACGGCCAAAAGAGCUUUGAUCGCACUGGAAGAGGCUUCAAAGAGGGUUGAAUCCCAUAUAAAAGAAGAGAUGGAAGAAAAGCAUGGAUUCGUAUGGAAGAGUACGGAAGCCUCGUCGAAUGUGAUCCUCAUUCAUGCUGACUAG